CUUACUAGUGUACAGGAAACAUAUCUAAAUUUUCUUAUUUUUUCAAUUAUCAAAUGAUUAUACUGUAACAUUGUGUUUACUACUACCUCAGAUGGGUUUCCCGCAAUAACCCUAGUUGUGUUUAAUGUAGCUCAAGUUAAUUUCUUUAUAAUGGGUUCAAGAGUUCAGUGUGCAAAAGAAUUUAUUCAGCAGGUCAGGCACCUUUUUCCCCUCAUUCCCACAUCUAUUAUGUCAUUAGGCAACAAAGCAAAAGCAGCUUCCCUUAUCUUCCCCUGAUUGUUUCUUUGUUUCAGAUCGUGUAUAAAACGUCUCCUUUUCGCUGAUGCAAAGGACAAAUAGUUUCGUACAAAAAAAAAGGUUUUGUUUUCAUAUCCGCUUUAAUAAACUGGGUUGGAUGAUUUGCGAUGUUAUCGAUUUCUAAGUUAUCAGUUGCGUGGGAAAAUGUUAGCUUGAACGUUAGUUGCGGGAGAGAAAAAGGAAAGCUUGCUUUCAGCUGCUGAGGGUCAACAGUCUUCUUGGGGCAUGGAUCUAUCGCCUGAGGCAAAAUUUCCUCUCUUCUCCCGUCAGUUUUAUCUCGUUUCCAUGAGACUUAGACUUGAAAAUUCUUUUCACGUUUUCGUACUCUUCACCCGUGGAUUCCAGUAUCCCGCGUUCAUCCGCUCAUUAAGUUGUCCAACCUCCCUUUUUUUUUCUUCUUUAUUGUCUGGUUGGUUCCAUGGAUCAGACUGUCGGCAAAAAAGGCAACCCGAUUCUCUUGGUUCGGACGACGAAGGAAGUACCAGCAAAUUCGGCAGGAUGGAGGACGACAAUAUGCAAGACAAGGAGCGGUUUGCCAGUAGGGAGAACCAUUGCGAAAUCGAGCGCCGAAGGCGCAACAAAAUGACGGCUUACAUCACGGAGCUGUCUGAUAUGGUGCCCACUUGUUCAGCACUGGCCCGCAAACCAGACAAGCUGACGAUUCUUCGAAUGGCUGUAGCCCACAUGAAAGCUCUCCGAGGAACGGGAAAUACAAGCGCCGAUGGGACCUACAAACCUUCCUUUCUCACGGAUCAAGAAUUGAAGCACUUGAUUCUUGAAGCAGCCGACGGCUUUCUUUUUGUGUCGGCUUGUGACACUGGCCGUUUGAUUUACGUUUCCGAUAGUGUGACUCCAGUCCUCCACCAAGGUCAAAGUGACUGGUUCGGCUCUUGUCUGUACGACCACUUGCAUCCGGACGACGUGGAGAAAGUCCGUGAGCAACUGUCUACCCAGGAGCCUCCUAAUGCCGGUCGUAUUCUCGACCUAAAAACAGGAACGGUCAAAAAAGAGGGGCAUCAAUCAUCUAUGCGGUUAUGUAUGGGUUCGCGCCGAGGGUUCAUCUGCCGAAUGAGGUUGGGGCAAGUGUCACCAGAUCCUCUUACAUCACCACCAGGCCCUCUACAUCGACUACGCCAACGUUCCGCCUUAGGUCCCUCGCGCGAUGGCCAUCAUUAUGCCGUCGUUCAUUGCACAGGAUACAUCAAAAAUUGGCCGCCUAGUGGCGUACCGAUGGAUCGAGGAGUUGAUGAUGAUUCUCACUCUGGAUCUCACUGCUGUCUAGUGGCCAUUGGUCGCCUUCAGGUCACUUCUACUCCAAAUACUUCUGACCUAGUUGGAUCCAAUUCCGCCGCAGAGUUCAUCUCACGUCAUUCGGCUGAUGGCAAAUUCACUUUUGUUGACCAGCGUGCACUCAAUUUGCUCGGCUAUUCUCCUCCUGAACUGCUAGGCAAAAUCUGCUUCGAUUUAUUCCACCCGGAAGAUGUCAGCCAUAUGAAAGAAAGUUUUGAGCAAGUUCUCAAACUGAAAGGCCAGGUGAUGUCGGUCAUGUACCGAUUCCGAUCAAAGUCGCGUGACUGGAUCUGGCUUCGAACAUCUGCGUUUGCUUUUUUGAACCCGUACACUGAUGAAGUUGAAUAUAUCGUCUGCACCAAUACGUCGGCCAAAUCUUUGCACCAUACUGGUGAUGCGACUGUUUCUGGAGAAGUUUCAGGAACAGUAGUCGAUCCCACAGCUGUUGGGGCGACAAGUAGUGGGUUGGUGUCUGCCUACGGUCACGCCAGCCAAGAUUACGGACGAAGCGCACGUGAAGUUUAUCAUGCACAGUCGCUGUCUGAAGGUCAAGGACGCCCGAAUAGUAAUCAGACCAUGUAUAAUCCUUCAGCUGCUGCCUCGUCACAGUACGAAACAGCGUCAGCACAGUCUGUCGAAGGUUCAUCCAAUUCUGUGUUGAACCGAAUACCCUCGGGUAGCAGUACGAAACAGUCGCCAAGCCCUACCGCCUCGGCAGGUACUGCCUGGUCAACACACGCUACUGCACCGGGUGGCUACUCCGCUUACGAAGGAAUAAGCCCAUCAAGAUCUCCAGGAGGAAGUUCUGGUCCAACUUACACGCAGCUAGGCAGCUCUGCAACAACUGGCCGAGCUGGAUACCACCAAAGUUCAGGACUUUGGCACUGGCAAUCACCCGUAGUUCCUCCCGCGGAAUCUAGCCCGAAUAACGGAGGUCCCACUGGCGGAGGGGUUGCAGGUGGUGGAGUUGGUGUGCCAACUACAUCAUCGGCCAGUCAUCCUCCUCAAGGAUCUGAAUUAGUGACGGACAUGCUUCAGAUGUUGGAUCACUCUGGUGCGUCAGGUUUCGAAGAUCUGAACAUGUUUUCGUCAAACUUUGAGUAACGUUAAACCCCUCCCCCCUCUCCCUCCCCCUUAAAAAAAUAGUUGCAUCUUUUGUGCUCCUACUACAUGUUGUAUUGUUGAGGUCAUUCAUCUCCAUCCUUGAGAACUGUUGCCGUGCACUCCGAGCGUAUUUGUUUUUACCCAUAUGUCCCUCCCCACACCCAUCAGCAUCGGAGCGGCAUGCCAUAUGAGUGCAUUUUUUUUUCCUCUUUAAAAAUUAAAUUUGUUUUAUUAUGCAUUGAGCAUUGUAAACAAGGGCUUUACUUUUCCAGUUCUUUAUUUUAACGAAUAACGUCAGUAAGUGGGUCUCAAAUUCUUGACCAAUAAGAAAUCAGCAGCACCCGAAUGUUUUAUAGUUCAAGAGCUGGCCCACCACGAUCCAAUUUGCAUUUCUUUUCUAAAGAGAGAAUUAAUGCUGUUUCAUGUUUUGUCAAUUUUCUUUCAAAAUUGAUUUAGUUUGGUAGCUUUUUUAUUUCUAAAUGGAAUAGUGCAAGUUUUUUUUUUAAUAUGUAUGAAUGUUAAUCUUUUUUCUUUCUUUCUGUUUCAUCACGUAUUGAUAACCAACCCCUUGUGCUCAUGAUUGAAAUUGAGCAGCUUCUUGAAUGUGAAGGCGAAUGGGAUAACCUUCCUUCUUGUCGAGACAAUCGUCACCUGUGGCGUUCCGUUUACACACUCACCUUCUCCCUCAAUAACCCUAAUUUCUUCUCAGUAAUUUGUAAAACUGUCAAGUCGUGAAAGUGGGAAGAAAAGUUUGAGUUGGCUUGUUUUACGAUCUCGUCGAAACAUCAUGCCAUCAUAUCACCUCUCUGUUUUUCAUUUUCGUAAAGAUCAAAAUACCUAACUUCACUUAUCUACCCACCACAUGUACUACCCUCAACCAUUUUUUUUUUUACUUUCUCCAUUUUCCCUCUCCGUCUCUUUUAACAGAUAGACAAUACGUGAACCCAUUCCUAUUGUGAGCUGCACAAUCUUGAUCUAGUACCGUCGUAAUAUCGUAGACUCGAAACAUGCAAUUAUAUAUUUUAUGAACUUGAAUGAAUGAUGUUGUCUAUGA